UAUUUAUAUAUUUAAUACAUUUGUAGUAUUUUCUUUUACAUUUUAUUCAGGCACUAUAUUGGACAAACCAUUCGUAGAGGUCCUCAGAAAAAGGGGCGGAUUUGUUUUUUUUUCACGUAUAUUCUACCUGGAAAUAAAUCUGAUGUUUACAGAAGUUGCAGGCCUGCACCUGUAAUUUGGAUAUUACCUGUCUACGGCUACCAGAAUUGUGGGAGUGAUUUGAUUAUUGCUGCGUGGGAAAAUUGCACACAUCCAAAAGUCGGCAGUGUUUUGUUUUCCUGCUAAUCAUUCAUCCAUGCUGCUUAGUACGGACACGCUGAUGAUAAACGUAUGCCUGCAGAAUACAAGACAUCAAUAAACAUGGAUGAGAAAGACGACCUCGGAGAAAAAAGACCAACCUGUGCCAAAGAAAAGAAUAAAGAAGACUGUAAACUAGGCAGCAAGAAGGAUAAUUUGAAACUAUGUGAAGACAAAAAGAAGAAAUCUGAGGAAGAAAAACGUAAGAAAGAAGAAAAGGAGCGUAAGAAGAAGGAGGAAGAAAAAAUAAAGGCCGAAGAGGAGCAGAAGAAGAAAGAAGAGGAGGAGAAAAGAAAGAUGGAAGAGGAGGAAAAGAUGAAACAAGAAGAAGCGGAGAAAAGGAAACGAGAAGAGGAAGCAGCAAGACUGAAAGAAAAAGAAGAAGGACAUCAGCUGCAUCAAGAAGCCUGGGAACGCCAUCAGGCGAGAAAAGAACUGCGUAGCAAGAACCAAAAUGCUCAGGAAGGGCGUCCAGAGGAGACUUACUUUAGUAGACUCGAUUCCAGCCUCAAAAAAAACACUGCAUUUGUUAAAAAGCUUAAAACAAUUACAGAGCAACAGAGGGAUACUCUUUCCAAUGAUUUCAAUAGCCUUAAUCUCAGCAAGUACAUUGCAGAAGCUGUGGGCUCUAUUGUUGAAGCAAAAUUAAAAACUUCAGAUGUUGGUUGUGCAGUACAUUUGUGCUCUCUCUUUCACCAGAGGUAUGCUGACUUUGCUCCUUUGCUUCUCCAGGCCUGGAGAAAGCACUUUGAAGCAAGAAAAGAGGAAAAAACACCAAAUGUGAGCAAGCUUAGGACUGACCUACGGUUCAUUGCUGAGCUCACAAUAGUGGGCAUUUUUACAGAUAAAGAGGGUCUAUCCCUUAUCUACGAGCAGCUGAAAACCAUCAUCAAUACAGACCGAGAAACUCAUAUGCAUGUGUCUGUAGUGAUCAGUUUUUGCAAACAUUGUGGAGAUGACAUUGCUGGACUUCUGCCUAGGAAGGUUAAAAUGGCUUCAGAAAAAUUUAAUUUGUGUUUUCCUCCCAGUGAAAUCAUUAGUUCUGAAAAACAACAGCCAUUCCAGAACCUUCUGAGAGAGUAUUUCACUUCUCUGACCAAACAUCUAAAGAAGGACCAUAGAGAACUUCAAAACAUUGAAAGACAAAACAGACGGAUUCUCCAUUCUAAAGGAGAGCUUAGUGAAGAUCGUCAUAAACAAUAUGAGGAAUUUGCUACAUCAUAUCAGAAACUCCUUACUAAUACCCAGUCUCUCGCAGACCUUCUGGAUGAAAACAUGCCUGAACUUCCUCAGGACAAAACAGUGCAAGAAGAACAUGGCCCUGGAAUUGACAUUUUCACUCCAGGGAAACCUGGCGAGUAUGAUUUAGAAGGAGGUAUCUGGGAAGAUGAGGAUGCCAGAAAUUUCUAUGAAAAUUUGAUUGAUCUGAAAGCCUUCGUUCCUGCUAUUCUUUUCAAAGAUAAUGAAAGGAGUUCUCAAACCAAAGAAUUUGUCAAAGACGAUGCAAAAGAUUCAAAGGAAGUAAAAGAUAUGAAGUGUACAGAAGAGCUGGAAAUGGAGUUAGAAAAUCUUGAUAUUAAUGAUGAUACCAUGGAACUGGAAGGUGGAGAAGAGGGAGAGAGUGAUGACCUGGCAAAAAAAUUGCUUGAUGAACAAGAGCAAGAAGAUGAAGAGGCCAGCACAGGUUCCCAUCUGAAGUUGAUAGUUGAUGCAUUUCUUCAACAGCUGCCAAACUGUGUUAACAGAGACUUAAUAGAUAAGGCUGCAAUGGAUUUCUGCAUGAAUAUGAAUACUAAAUCUAACAGAAGAAAGCUUGUACGAGCACUCUUUACUGUUCCGAGGCAACGGUUGGAUUUACUCCCAUUUUAUGCUCGACUUGUUGCCACUUUACAUCCCUGCAUGUCUGAUGUAGCAGAAGAUCUCUGUUCUAUGUUGAAAGGAGACUUCAGGUUUCAUGUACGAAAGAAGGACCAAAUCAAUAUUGAAACUAAAAAUAAAACUGUAAGAUUUAUAGGAGAACUAACUAAGUUCAAGAUGUUCUCUAAAAAUGACACACUUCACUGUUUGAAGAUGUUAUUGUCAGACUUUUCCCAUCACCAUAUUGAAAUGGCCUGUACACUUCUGGAAACAUGUGGCCGUUUCCUCUUCAGGACAACUGAUUCACAUUUGAGAACAAGUGUUCUUUUGGAGCAAAUGAUGCGAAAAAAACAAGCAAUGCACUUAGAUGCCCGUUAUGUCACCAUGGUUGAGAAUGCUUAUUAUUAUUGCAAUCCACCGCCAGUUGAAAAAGCAGUGAGGAAGAAGAGACCGCCACUUCAAGAGUAUAUUCGUAAACUACUUUACAAAGACCUCUCCAAGGUUACAACAGAAAAGGUACUGAGGCAGAUGAGAAAAUUACCAUGGCAGGAUCCAGAAACCAAAAAUUAUUUAAUCUGCUGCAUGGUCAAUAUUUGGAAUGUGAAGUAUAACAGCAUUCACUGUGUGGCCAACCUUCUUGCUGGCUUAGUUGCCUAUCAAGAAGAUGUAGGCAUCCAUGUAGUUGAUGGUGUUUUGGAAGAUAUAAGGCUUGGAAUGGAGGUUAACCAGCCUAAAUUCAAUCAAAGACGGAUUAGCAGUGCCAAGUUUUUGGGUGAAUUAUACAAUUACAGAAUGGUGGAAUCGGCAGUAAUCUUUCGGACAUUGUAUUCCUUUAUAUCCUUUGGUGUAAAUCCUGAUGGUUCAGCCAGUCCACUGGACCCACCAGAGCAUCUCUUCCGAAUUCGUCUAGUUUGCACAGUCUUGGAUACAUGUGGGCAGUAUUUUGACAGAGGAUCAAGCAAGAGAAAACUUGAUUGUUUUCUUAUUUAUUUCCAGCGUUAUAUCUGGUGGAAAAAGAGUCUGGAUGUCUGGACCAAGGAUCAUCCUUUCCCUAUAGAUAUUGACUAUAUGAUAAGUGAUACACUAGAGCUGCUAAGACCAAAAAUGAAACUCUGCUGUUCUCUGGAGGAUGCUGCUAGACAAGUAGCAGAACUAGAGCGAGAAUUUUUGGUUAAACUAGGUCUAACGAACGACAAAGACUCAAAAGACCCAAGCAACCUAGGUGAAGGUGAAAAUAUAGAUGAUGACGAUGAUGAUGAUGAUGAGGGAGGUGCUGAGACAGAGGAACAGUCUGGAAAUGAGAGUGAAAUGAAUGAUCCUGAAGAAGAGGAAGCCUCAGAAAAUGAGGAAGAAGAGGGAGAGGAGGAAGAAGAGGAAAAUACAGAUUACAUGACUGACUCAAAUAAAGAAAAUGAAACUGAUGAAGAAAAUACUGAGGUGACAAUAAAGGGUGGUGGUCUUAAGCAUAUAGCUUGUGCUGAAGAUGAAGAAUUUAUACAGGCCUUGGAUAAGAUGAUGCUGGAAAACCUGCAGCAAAGAAGUGGUGAAUCUGUCAAAGUUCAUCAACUGGAUGUAGCCAUUCCCUUGCAGCUGAAAAGUCAGUUGAGGAAGGGACCUCCACCAGCUUGUGUAGGCGAUGACAAUGAAAUUGUGGACACCAUGCAGUUUGUCAUGUUAACUCGGAAAGGCAAUAAGCAGCAGUUUAAGAUCUUAAAUGUUCCAUUGUCUUCCCAUCUUGCUGCAAAUCACUUUAAUCAGCAGCAAGCAGAGCAAGAGGAGAGAAUGCGCAUGAAGAAACUAACACUGGAUAUUAAUGAACGACAGGAACAGGAGGAUUAUCAGGAAAUGAUGCAAUCCCUUGCUCAGCGUCCUGCCCCAGCUAAUACAAAUCGUGAAAGACGGCCACGAUACCAGCACCCUAAAGGAGCACCAAAUGCUGACUUAAUCUUCAAGACUGGAGGGAGGUAA